GCUGUGAGAACGAACUACCAAGUGAGGAAACCCGGUGAGAAAUUCAGGGUCAGAAUCGAGAAGUCUAGAAUUUUAAUACCAAAACAAAUAGUCUCAUAAGGAUUUGCAGAUUUUGUUUUAGGUUUCUUUGUGAAAGUUUUCGCGGUAAACGUUUAUAGCAAUGACUAAACCAUCGUACUUGAUUGUGCUGUUCGUGGUUUGUACCACACUCAGAAGCUGCGUGGUGGCAGUCAGAUUCAAGACAUUGGCAGAGUUGCUAGAAUACCAUGAACAGCAACAGAAUCCAGGCUCAGACGAGGAGCCAACUUCUACAGUUCACCCAGAACAUGAAGGGUUGAUGCUGGUCACUUCACAGCCGCCCACUCCACAGCUUCCAAGUGUCCCUGCCCACCACAACCGCCGUCAUCAUUAUCAUCAUCAUCAAGAUCCAGAAGUGUACGGCAGUGGAGCGGAGCCCACCUCGAUCCUGUCCACCACAACGACGAGGCUGGUGAUGGAGACAGAGCUCCCCACGACGACCAGACCAAAGACCACAUGUUGCAUUCUAGGAGAGCAGGCUGGCAUGAAGAGACAUCACUGUAACCCUGACAACUACAUGCCAAGAUUUAGAGACUACAAUCGUCGCCAUAACUUCAAGCAGUCCAACCGACACCCAAGCAUAGAGAAGAGCCAAUUCGACAAGUGCACCUCCGGUAUCAUCAGAAGACAUGCCGAAGAGUUCAGGACUUGCUGCCAAGAAGCCUAUAAGAUGUUGUGGCAGCAAGAGAGAGGUGAAGAGAACGUUGGCAACGGCAGGAUCCAUCUUAUUGAGGUCCCAAUAUAGAACUUUUCAGAUUGUUGCUGAGAUGCACCUGUUACUUAAAAUUUACCAAUGACGUAUUUAAGAAGCUUGCCAUCAAAACUUUACUAAUAAUAUAAGUUCAUUAACACUCAACAACUAAUAAAGAAAACAUGCUGACUUAAAAGAAUUAAAUCACUCAACAUAGAUGUUAAAGUUACUGUCAGGCAUGCAUCUUUUCAGCUGAUCAGUGUUUCCCUUUUUUCUUCCUUUUUUUCUCAGCUCCACCAUUGAAAUUUGAAAAACACAGUACAAAGUCUCGCUGUGCUUGAUAAAUCCCUCUUUGAUUAGCUGCAGUUGCAUGCCUGUUAUUCACAGACAGUGUGGGCCUUCCACUAUAUCCCAUGAGAAGCCUGGGUAAAGAAGUCAUUGUGAUACAUGAUCAUUUCAAAUGUGCGCUGAAAGGGUUUAUGCUAGUGAACAUAACAGUUUAAGUUUCAAACUUGCUUCAUAUUGAAAACUAUCAAGCUGGUUAUGGUGAAACAAGGGUUUAUGCUAGUGGAGAUUACAGUUUAAACUGUUGAGGGACUGCAUUUUGAAAACUAUCAAGCUGGUUAUGGUGAAACGAGGGUUUAUGCUAGUGGAGAUUACUGGUUACACUUUGAAGGGGCUGCAUGUUGACAACUAUCAAGCUGGUUAUGGUGAAACAAGGGUUUAUGCUAGUGGAGAUUACAGUUUAAACUGUUAAGGGACUGCAUGUUGAAAACUAUCAAGCUGGUUAUGGUGAAACAAGGGUUUAUGCUAGUGGAGAUUACUGGUUACACUUUGAAGGGGCUGCAUGUUAAAAUUUUUAAAGGGGGUAGGUUUUUGCGGUUGUAUUUUAACCAAAACCUGCUGGAGUUGUUUAUGAUAUCCGUAAAGCAACAUCCAAGUAUUGGUGAUUAUCCAGUGAAGGCAUCCCUGGUGUCUGACAAAACUGAUACUGAUCUUCCAUCCAUGCAAAGUCUCAAAUCUUGACCAAAAAAGUACACCAUAGUAACCAACCUGCGCAGCAAUUUAAUUUGAUCUCUGACUGAUCAAUGACUUCUUUCUGCCCACCAAAGCUUCUGUGUAUCUUAAACAUGGGAUCUAAUGAUUUGUUCACAUGUGUAGCACAUGUGUAGCACAACUUUCUUUAGGUGAACAGUGCGGUAAACUCGUUCUUUGUACUUGCCGGAACUGUUUACAGAGGUAAAGAAUGAUGCACGAUAGACUAACUAACCACGGGGAAUUGUUUCAGAUAAAAACCUCUCUUAUUGAUGUAAGCAAACCAAAGUGUAUUUAUAUUAAAAAGGUAUAUUUUCUUCUUUCAUUUGAAUAUAUGUAAUAUUGUAUAUAAAUAUAUUAAGAUUUAUUGUAUUAAAAAUACUGUUGUUUGUUGUUGUGGUAACGUAAUACAACACACCAUCCUAGUGGAAGUUUGGUCUUUACUGGAGUCGGUCAUAAACUCAAAGAGCUUUAAACUGAGGCAAAGGGCAAAAUACCCUCGCAAAAACAAAACACCACUAAAUCAAAAACAGACAUUUCAAACUGGCAAAGAAUAAUGGUCUGGAGUUAACCUUUCAUGAUUUGUGCUAUUAAUAAAAAAAAUGCUUAUGUCUGUUUGGACUGGUGCUUAGAUUUGGCAACUAAUCUCAAGAAUUUAAGAUUAAGUUAAGAACUCCGGGGUCAGCAAAUUGUCACUGAUAAUCCUCGUUAAAGCUUGGAUUAUAAAUGACUUAUCUAAAGUGAGUGGGUGGUGUGAUGUAAACUGUAAAUAGUUCUUUACAUAAUUGUAAAAAUGUAUAAAGAUGACUCUGCAGGUUUUUUAUUUGACCUACUGUUGGAACAAGUGGACAUCCCUGAUGUUUAUGUACAUUUAUUGUUACCUACAUUUAAAAGGUGUUGUACUAACUUGCUUGCUUUCUGAACAAUAUGGUGCAUUUUAGGUUAUUUUUAUGAGACAUCGCCACAAGAAUCACAAGAAUUUGACUAUAAUUGGGUUGGGGGGGGGGGUAAAAGGUUCAAAUCUCACACAAGCAACCAGUGGAUUUUCAAUAAUCAAUCAAUAACCACCCAUUCUGUUUAUGUAAAAUGUUGACAACUUUUAAUAUCUUUAUUUAAUGACGAAGCUACUGAAUUAACUUAAAUGAAACAAUUCUGCAAAAAGGUUCAUUAUAAAA